AUGCCUGGAGCUCGAGAUGUUCGUCCCAGGAUACCUCAUCCUGUUCUUGGGCAUGUCAACCUGAUGGUAGACACCUUGAUCGCAAAUGCGAGUGCAGAUGACUUACGUGCAAUCCUAAGAGGGACGAUUGCCACUAGCCCCCUAUCUGUGGCUUCUACGUUGACGGCAGUAGCGAGACGGCAGCUGCUCCAGACGAAGGCAGCGACGAUACUUCCCGAACAGCAGCUUUUUAUUACACGAUCGGCCGAUGGCAGUACAGUUCCAUCUGCGGAGCUUCCCGGAUUUUUAUCCCAAAUUCGAGCACUGUAUGGCGCCGGCCUAGGAUUCGCAAGCUUAAAAAUACUUGCCAUGUUGGUGAAGGCUGCUGAAGGGGUGCAUUGUGAGGAAGGGUCGGAGCUCGAAGGACUGCUAGCCUCGAUCGACGUAGACAUAAGUCAGGCGAUACAGAGCUCGAAGGAGGAGAUUGAAAGCGGCAGGGUUAUGGACUGGCAUGCAGCUAAAGAGACAGUGGAUAACCUGAGAGAGGUCAUUAAAGAGAACAGGAAGAUGGUAGAAAGCAGAGGGAAAGGAUACUUGUUUGAGCAAGGCGCAAUAGGUCUGCACUUCUGGAAUAUUUAG